CUGCUUUUACCGUCACCCACGACGGCGACGACCACCUGAUAUGCGGUUAUGGUCGUCUUCCCCCUGCUGGGGUAAUGGUAGAUGGCUCGGAGCCUCCUUCGUCACUGUUCUCUCGGCAGGGAUCGCGGUGGCGGCAGGCAGCCGUCAGCUCGUCGAACUCACGGCGACUGACAUUGAGACCCUCGUCUCCGCUAAGGACCCCCUCAAGCAGAUGGACCCAUCCGACUCGUCCUCGCAUGUGUCCAAGAUCCUCAUUCCUCGCGUCGUCGAUACUGAGGGCAACACCCAGGUCCGGAAGUACAUCGUUGACACCAUGAAGGCGUUGAAUUGGGAGGUUGAGGAGGACGAGUUCGAGGACGACACACCGAUGGGGAGGAAACACUUCACAAACGUGAUUGCCACGAAGGAUCCGAAGGCCGCGCGACGCGUCGUAGUUGCUGCUCAUUUCGACAGCAAAUAUUUUGAGAAUGGGGAGUUCUUGGGCGCGACGGACUCGGCAGCACCGUGCGCCAUGAUGCUAGACCUCGCGGAAACUCUGAACCCCAUGCUCGACGCACGCGCCGCCCGCUUCGACAAUGGCGAAGAGGACGAUGAUGACGUCGCAGAUACGACCUUGCAACUCAUAUUCUUCGACGGGGAAGAGGCCUUCGUGAGGUGGACAGAUACAGACUCCAUCUACGGCGCAAGACAUCUUGCCGACAAGUGGGAAAGCGAAUACAUCCAGUCCAACCAGAAACGCCGACUCAUGGCACCUCAAUCAACCGAGCUCUCCACGAUUGAGAACUUCAUACUGCUCGACCUUCUGGGCGCCCCUAACCCAAGCAUGCGGUCCUUCUUCUUGGACACCGCAUGGCUCUACGACGAGUUCAUCUACGCAGAAAAGCGUCUAGGCGAGAGCGGCGCGUUGGCGUACGACGAUGAGCAGGACAUGGCGCCGGGGCAGUGGCGCAGCUGGUUCGCGCCGCGCUCGGAGCACCAGAAGAAUAUGGGAGGCAUGGGGGACGAUCAUGUACCGUUCCUCGCGCGAGGUGUCAGCAUCCUGCAUCUCAUACCAUUGCCGUUCCCCGGCGUAUGGCAUAAACUAUCGGACGAUGCAUCCGCUCUGCAUCUCCCAACCAUGCGACGAUGGAACCUCAUCCUGCGCGUCGUCAUGUCGGAAUACCUCAAUCUUCGCCCAUCAGACCUCGUCGCUCGGGACGGAGGAUCGUUCGUCAGGUCGAACGCGGAGCUCGUGCGUAGUCUACCUCCGGACUUGUAUCAGAACUCGAGCAUGUUUGUUAGUAGGGCUGAAGUGUACGCAUCGUGACGAGGGCGGGCGGACAACUGGAAAAGGACUUUGGCGGGAUGUACGCUACCGUGUCGCAAUGCUAUUAUUUAACGACAGCCAGCUCGUUACUAUGCUCUCUCC